AUGCCAGAUGACCAGUCAUCCUCCGUACCGCAAGAGACACCUACCUCACCAACACCGUCCAAAUUGGUAACCGACAACCUACCCCGAGGGAGAAGAUCUUCUACAGGGAAAGAGAGCACGCUUGUCGGCUCACACAGCGAAUCAACGCCUGCUUUGGCACCAGAUGCGAAGAAUGAAGACAACAUACCCAAUGUGAUCUCCAAUCCUGAUGAUGAGUCGGAGGGAGAACAGGAGUAUCCAAGUUCCUGGAAACUUGGCUUGAUUACCAUCGGACUGGCCCUUGCUAUCUUUUGUUUGGCAUUGGAUAACACUAUUAUCUCGACAGCGAUUCCGAAGAUUACGGAUCAGUUCAAGUCCCUUGAAGACGUGGGCUGGUAUGGCAGCGCUUAUCUCCUGACAACGUGUGCCUUGUGUCUGAUGUUCGGCAAACUAUACUCGUUCUACUCCACAAAAUGGGUCUACUUGACUGCUCUUCUUAUUUUCGAGCUAGGCUCUCUGAUAUGUGGAGUCGCGCCAAACUCGUUAGGUCUAAUAAUUGGCCGUGCGAUAGCUGGCUUCGGGUCAGCUGGCCUAUUUUCCGGCGCACUCAUUAUCAUUGCUCAGACGGUUCCGCUGAGUCGACGACCGAUCUUCGCCGCAAUGAUGGGGUCGAUGUAUGGGGUUUCGAGCGUAGCCGGACCCUUGAUGGGCGGUGCAUUUACCGACCAUCUCAGCUGGAGGUGGUGUUUCUAUAUCAACCUGCCUUUUGGCGGAGUGACCGCUCUCUUCAUCUUUUUCUUAUUUAAGGCGCCUAAGUCUGUCAAGGAUAAAACCGGCUUCAAAAACCAGAUGACGCAGCUAGAUCUUCCUGGAACAAUGCUUUUCAUGCCGUCAAUUAUCUGUGUAUUGCUCGCGCUGCAAUGGGGAGGUACCACAUAUACCUGGAGUAACACUCGGAUCAUUGCACUUUUCAUUGCUUUUGGGAUCCUUCUUCUCUCAUUUCUCGGCGUACAGUGGUGGCAGCAAGACAAAGCUACGAUACCUCCAAGGCUUAUCAAGAAUCGGAAUGUAUGGGGCUCGGCACUGUACAGCUUCUGCAUUGGUGCAGCGUUUUUCGUAUUUAUAUACUAUCUCCCCAUUUGGUUCCAGGCCAUAAAAGGUGUCUCAGCAACCAGAUCAGGCAUAAUGAACCUCCCGUUACUCCUUCCUCUGAUUGUGUCCUCCAUUGCUGCUGGUGCUUGUGUCACCAUGAUUGGUUACUAUACACCGUUCAUGAUCGCGACGCCAGUUCUCAUGUCAGUCGGCGGUGGGCUCCUGAGCACGUUGAAAGUCGAUUCAGGCGCCGCUGCAUGGAUUGGAUAUCAGGUUAUAUACGGAAUUGGCGUAGGCAUGGGAAUGCAGCAACCCAUGAUUGUUGUCCAAACGGCUCUCCCGAUUUCUGAUGUCCCAACAGCGACGGCCCUAGUCAUGUUUUGCCAAACGCUAGGAGGUGCGCUUUUUGUCUCCAUUGCACAGAACGUCUUCCAAAACCAGCUGCGCAAGAACAUCAUUACUCAAGUCCCUGAUGUUGACGUGGUCCAGGUAGUUAGUGCUGGGGCUACGAUGCUGCGGCAGGCUGUACCGACGGACAUGUUACCUGCAGUUUUGGAGGCCUACAGCGAUGCUGUAACUCAGACGUUCUAUGUCGCUGUGGCUAUAGGGGCAUUGGCCCUCUUUGCGGCGAUCCCUAUACAGUGGAUGUCCGUAAAGGGCAAGAAACUCGACAUGGCAGCGGCUUAA